AUGGCCCGUGGGCUGUCGCAGCUCCUGCUGCUGCUUCUCAUCACCGCCACAUGGCCAACGACUCCUCUUCAAGGCGCCGAGGCGAAGGGAUUGAGCCGGGCGUAUUACAAGGACUCGUGCCCGUACCUCGAGACGAUUGUUCGUGAGAUCGUCAUUGACGAGUAUCGGAAAGAUCAAACCGUUCCGGCACCACUUCUUCGCCUUCACUUCCACGACUGCUUUGUUCAGGGUUGCGAUGGAUCAGUGCUGCUGAACUCGACGAAGGGCAACAAGGCGGAGAAGGACGCGGAUAUCAACCUGUCGCUGAACGGCUUCGACAUUAUCGACCGCAUUAAGACGGCGGUCGAGGCCAAAUGCCCUGGCGUCGUCAGCUGCGCCGACAUCACCGCUCUCGCCGCGCGCGAUGGCGUCAAACUGGCCGGCGGGCCAUACAUCCACACGCAGUUGGGUCGCCGCGAUGCGCGCACGUCGAAGGCGGAUAUGGCGAUGAAAUCUCUGCCCAAGCACCAAAUGGACGUGAAUGCGCUGCUGCGUAACUUCGCCGCCAUUAAUCUCACGCUCCUCGACCUCGUCACGCUCUCCGGCGGCCACACCAUCGGCGAAUCGCAUUGCGACACCGUCGCGCACCGCAUCGCGCCGAACCGCGACCCCACGAUUGCGCGGGCGAUGCGCAAGUAUCUGGAGGAUCACUGCAAGGCGCCCAAAGUGGACGGCACCAUUGCGGUCGUCCUCGACAUCCGCAGCGCUAACCGAUUCGACAACCAUUAUUUCAAGAACCUGCAGCGCAAGUUCGGGCUUCUGACGAGCGACCAGGCGCUGAUGAUCGACCCGCGCACCAAAGAUAUCGUGAACGAGUUCGCGGCAGACAAGAAGAGCUUCUUCCGCCACUUCCGCCGCUCCAUGGUCCGCAUGGGCUCCUUUGGCGUGCUCACUGGCCGCAAUGGCGAGAUCCGCCGCACCUGUAGCGCCGUCAACUGA